ACUCGUCGUGCAAACGCAAAGUGAAAUACUGAGCCACCGGCAUUUAAAAAUGGCACCGAGUAUUGUUUGUAUUAUCAACACGACGCGAUUAAAGAACAUUAUUGCGAGUAUACAUCUGCUAUUAUAAGUGUCGUCGCGUCGUCGUUCCACCAAAGAGAAUCAUGGUUUUCCCUGUUGUCGUUUGUGUUAUGUCGUUAGCUGUUAUGAGUUUGGGAAUUAUUAUGGACUGGACUUGCCUCCAAUGUUGUUGUCUUUACAUCGUUCUCACUUGCUCCUGUUUGCUUAUCGGCCCGUUAAUCAUGAUACUAAUUAACAUAGCUCUGUCACCCAAGCACCAGACUGGCUCUGGUACUGUGAGAACCGUUGCAGAGAUGGACGCCUUCCGUAACAUGUUGAUGAAAGGAUAUGAGUCUAAAUCGGUCACCUCUACAAAGCACAUGCGUUAUCCUGUCUUCACUCGUCUGGUGGACGGCGCUCUGCAGAAUCUCUUGGAUCUAGUCUUUCAGGACUUUGUCGGUUUCUGGUUGAAUGAUCUAGCAUUCAGCUCGGAACAGCUGAUAGAUAAUAUGAAGCAGGAUGUGUGGGGUGCCAUAAAGAGCCUCCAUGAUCGCUUGUCGCGUGUUGAUCACACGAAAUUAGUUGUUUGCAAUAUAGUGAAUAAGCUCACCUUCCACUUUGAAAAAAUCAGGAUAGCCCAAGCAGCUUCAUCCGAAGGGGAAGAUCCUGUAUUUAUUCUAUCUGCGCAUUUAAUGUCACCUGUUGCUGAAUCGGAAUAUUUGAGGAAAAUCAGUGAACUUUUUAUCUUGUUUUUGUUACCACGCAGUUAUUCUCUUUCCCCAAUAAAGUUUCUUUUGAGGGAAAUUCUCACAUGCAGAAUUCUAAAACCGGCAAUAGAUUUAAUCACGGAUCCCGAUUACAUCAAUCAAAAGAUCUUGGCGUACAUUGAUCAGCAACAACUCGCCGAGGCGAUGCACAGAAAAACAUACGAAUACGCAGAAUCCUUCGAGGAUUUUAUCCGCAUGAUCAAAGGCACGAGGGAUUUGGAAGUUCUUAAACAUAUCAGAUAUAAUAUCAUGACCGAGAUCAUGCAAGCUACCACAAUACAAAACGUUAAGCGAGCUCAAGGUUUGGAUCCCGAGAACAACGCGCUCGGCAACUCAGAUGCCAUUCGGGCGAGAAAAUUAAAGAGAUACAUCAGCCAACUGACGUACGCUAAGAACACGUGCGAGUGUCACAUGCAGACAUUGGGAUGGGACGGAUAUCCUCGUCAGGAUACGGAAAUUAGCGACGCUGCGGAGAUUACGGAAAGCAGGAUACUUCCGCUGCAAGCGAUUCUGGAUAACGUGACCGGUCGACGACACUUGUCCGAGUUUCUAGAGCAGGUCUCUAGUCAAGGAUUGCUCGGCUAUUGGGCGGCGGUGCAGGAGUUGCGCGCCGCUGAACGAUCCAAUUGGCAUCAAUUGGGAGCCGAAAUCUUUUAUACUUACAUCAGAUCACCCACCGCCGAGAUUAAGGUGGAUAAGAACGUGCGGAAGCGAAUGGAGGCGUUUUUGUUGGGUGAUACGGGGCCUAAUGUAUUUUACGAGGUUCAAGAUGGCGUCGUUAAGACGCUUCAAGAGAAAUAUUAUCCACCAUUUCUUGUUAGCAAGCAGUACAUGAAUAUGCAGGAAGCGUUGCUCAAUGAGAGAGCAGAGGGUUUGGCCGAAGAUCGCGGGAUCGUCGACGGCGCAUUGUCGGAUUCUUCGACUUUGCUAGUGGGCGAACGCUCGAAUUACGCUCGUAGCAAACUGGAUCAACUGCAGGAAAAGUUGAAUAAUAAAAUGCAAGCUCUACAGGCGCUGAAAUCCUCCCUCAAGCCCGAGAGCAAGGUACUGAGUAUAUUGGCGAAGGAGGUCGAAUGCCUGCAGGGUGAAAAACGGCAACUGGAGGCGCAUUUGAAUCAUACGGAAAUGUGGGCCGAGCAUCUGGGUCGCUGGCGAGCCGACGUGCAAGGCGCGGAGAUGCCUGACAAUGGCGAUCAUCCGCAAUUCGUGCUGGUCGUCCACAUGGCAGAGGAUGAAGACAAUGACGAAAGCAUAUCCAGCGGUUGGGUGGUGUUCAGGAAACUGCAGGACUUUCAGGAUCUCCACAGAAAGCUACGUCAGUUGUGUUCCAACGUUAAAAACCUGGACUUACCCUCGCAGCCUCUCAAGUUUUUCGGGAAAUCCGAUAAAAAUACGCUCGACAAGGCUAAGAUGCAGAUACAAAAGUAUUUAAAUUUUGUUUUGGAGGACGAGAGGCUUAAUCAAAGCGAAGCACUGUAUGCUUUUCUCAGUCCAAGCUCGGAACACCUAAAAGUCGUAAUACCGUCUCCUAAGAAAUCUCGCUUUUCUUUGUCCACAUUAUUCAAAACAUCUGUUGGUAACGAGCUACGUGACAAAGAAGAGGAAGAGGAUUAUUCGUUGUUGCUGGAUGACAGCGAGACGGGUCGUACGGGUAGCACGGAGACCUAUCUAAAUGCCAGCAAGGACGCGAUUGCCGAGCCGUUGUACACGCUUCUAGGAGAAGUUUUCGACUUGAGGGGAGUGUUUCGUUGGCUCAGACGAUCUCUCAUUACCUUCGUGCAACUUACUUACGGACGCACCAUAAAUAGACAAAUCAGAGAUACCGUUGCGUGGGUGUUUUCCGAGCCGAUGCUUCAUUACUACAUACAGCUGUUUACGAAGUCGUGGUGGCCGAACGGGCAGCUCGUGUCCGAGACCGUUCUUCGCACCGACGAGGAGAAGUUGAAGACGCGUGGCGAGGCGCGCAGGCAAUUUCUCAAUAAUGUACCUGAAGUAUUGACGAAUCUAGUGGGUGCGCAAAGCGCCCAACGCGGCGCGACUAAAGUUUUCGACUCCCUGCAGAACGUGAAUCUGAACAAACAACUAUUUUAUGUGAGUCGAUCUCAUCCCCAUUGCUGCUAUAUCGUGCGUGCGAGCUUCGCUCCCUUUCUUUACUCUGAUUUCUCUUUUACAGGAUAUAUUUGAAGUAUUAAUGUACGAAGUAUUUCCGGAAUUGCAGCAGAAGCAAAGUUCCUUGAUGAAAUAAAGUAUGAAUGUGAUA